AUGGGAGGUCUGACCGUAGUGACUGGGAUCUUGAGCCUACUGCUGCCGGAGAGCCGCGGUCUCCCUCUGCCCGAGACCAUGGACCAGAUACAGACGUUCCGCUGUUUCUGUGUGAAGAAGACUCACAGACCUACAGGCGACGAAGACCACGCAGAAGAAGAGGAGUUUGUGUCAGAGGAGGGAGAGGAGCAGGUCAAAGAGGGAGAGGAGCAGGCCAAGAAGGGAGAGGAGCAGGCCAAGAAGGGAGAGGAGCAGGUCAAGAAGGGAGAGGAGCAGGUCAAGGAGGGAGAGGAGCAGGUCAAGGAGGGAAAGUAG